UUUCAACAGCCUCUCCACCCUUCUUUGAUAAAAGCAGAACCUGACCUGCGAAAGCGAACGAGGGUUAUCUCCUCCUCUCUUAUUCCAGUCUUUCUAGGUUCGUGCAAGAAGUUAACAGUUGGAACGAUGUUACUCUCCGGACAUUUCGCUCGCCAAGCCUUGAGGCGUCAACUUUAUUUCAAAACACAGACAGUAUGCCUUGUUCCAGUCACCUCAGUCAACAACAACACAUCGAAAUGUCGAGCUCAGUCGACUCAAGCAGCAAAGGAGUCUCGUUCAUUUGCUAUGAAUCUAUUUCGAGGAAAUGUCAUCUCUGAUCAAGUCUUUCCGUUUCCAGAAGUUCUAAACGAAGACCAGAAGCAGACUUUGUCUGAGUUAGUGGAUCCUUGUGCUAAAUUCUUUGAGGAAGUAAAUGAUGCCACCAAGAAUGACCAACUUGAGAAAGUGGAUAAUGCUUCCAUGGACGGUCUCAAAGAAAUGGGAGCUUUUGGCUUGCAGGUUCCAUUUGAUUAUGGGGGUUUGGGCCUCACUAAUACAAUGUAUGCUCGUCUCGUUGAAAUUGUUGGUGCUCAUGACCUUGGCGUUGCUAUCACUCUUGGAGCACAUCAGUCGAUUGGUUUCAAAGGCAUCUUAUUAUUUGGGAAUCACGAACAAAAAACCAAAUACCUGCCGACGUUAGCCACUGGAGAGAAAAUUGCUGCCUUUUGUUUAACUGAAUCUUCGAGUGGAUCCGAUGCCAGUUCCAUUCGAACAACUGCCACUCUCUCUGCAGAUGGUUCCCAUUAUAUAUUAAAUGGAAGUAAAUUAUGGAUCAGUAAUGGUGGCUUGGCUGAAAUCUUUACUGUCUUUGCACAGACUCGAGUUCAAGAUAAGAAGAGUGGCACAGAAAAGGACAAAGUUUCGGCAUUCAUUGUUGAACGAAGUUUUGGUGGAGUGACAUCUGGUUCACCUGAAAAGAAAAUGGGGAUCAAAGCUUCCAAUACAGCUGAAGUCUAUUUUGACAAUGUGAAGGUUCCUAAAGAGAAUCUUUUAGGAGAAGCUGGUGAAGGUUUUAAAGUAGCCAUGAAUAUAUUAAACAAUGGUCGUUUUGGAAUGGCAGCCUGCCUCUCUGGCACAAUGAAAACAUGUAUACAAGCAGCUGCUGCACAUGCAAGUCAAAGAACACAAUUUGGUCGUCGUAUUGACAGUUUUGGAACCAUUCAGGAGAAGCUAGCUCGAAUGAGUAUGUAUCAGUAUGUUACAGAGUCAAUGGCUUAUAUGGUGUCUGCUAACAUGGACCAGGGUUCUACAGAGUUCCAGAUUGAAGCUGCUAUCAGUAAGAUUUAUGCUUCGGAAUCUGCCUGGUAUUGUGCUGAUGAGGCUGUACAGAUCCUUGGUGGGAUGGGUUACAUGAAGGAUGCUGAGCUGGAGAGGGUCGUCAGAGACUUACGAAUAUUUAGAAUAUUUGAAGGAACCAAUGAUAUUCUGCGAUUAUUUGUUGCCUUGACUGGAAUUCAGUAUGCUGGUUCACAUCUGAAGGAACUGCAGAAAGCUUUAAAGAAUCCUACAGCUAACCUGGGUCUCAUAUUUGAUGUUGGUGCUGUCCGAGCCAAAAGACUGGUUGGUUUAAAUUCUGGUCCUUCAUUAAAAGAAUAUGUCCAUCCAGAUCUAACCAAAGUAGCCGAUAAGACUUCCAAAGCCAUUUCACUGUUUGGUUCCACUGUUGAAUCGUUGUUGAUGCAGUAUGGAAUGAAGAUUAUUGAUGAACAGUUUAUUCUGAACAGAGUUGCAGAUUCAGCCAUUGAUAUUUAUGCAAUGGUCAGCAUUUUAUCUCGUUCAUCAAGGUCUCUGGCUCAGAGACUUCCCUCUGCCCAACAUGAGAGUCUUAUCUGUAAUGUUUUCUGUGAUGAGGCACUUGAAAAUGUGGAGAACAAACUGAAAGCUGCCAGAGACCCAGAAUCUAAGAAAAAUUUCCAGAAAAUGUCAUUGAUAUCACGAGACAUUGUAGAGAGUGGAUGUGUUGCUGCAAAACACCCACUGGGAUUUUGAUGAAGAUUGAACCACUUAAUGAAUCAUUUUUAGUAAACUGUAAUCCCAUUCCCACUUUUUUUUUCCUUUUGUAAUUAACUAAAAAUCUGAUUAAUUGAAUCAAAGAGAAAUCCUAAAUUUAUAUUUCAGAUACACCAAAAAAUGUGGAAUAUUUCCAUUGAUAAAUCUAUGCAUAAACUUACACACAGAACACAUAGAUAUACACAUAAAUAUCAUAUAUGUGUGUACACAUAUACAUAUAUAUAUAAAACAUACAUAAACUCACAUGCAUAUGCAUGCAUAUAUAUAUAUAUAUAUAUAUAUAUAUAUAUAUAUGUGUGUGUGUAUUGUACAACAUGAAUGUUUGAUGAAUUGGGUGUAUAAUUUCAUCUUCUCCUCUGUUUAAACCAGCCUUCUUUUGUCAAUGAUUUCUUCUGACAUCUUAGAUUAUCAGUGAAGCUGCUGUGUUCCCACUACACCAUGGACCAUCAGAAAUAACAGUGUGUGCCCCCAUCACAAAUCUUCAGCAGAAGAUGGCGAGUUUAUUGAAAUUUCUAAAUAUAAUUUUUUAAAAAUUCAAUUUGUACUUUUGUAAAUACAAAAACCAAACUAUUAUUAUUAUUAUCAUUA